CUACUUUUCCGCAAAUUAGAAACCCUAGUUUCUUUUCAGUAGUCUUUCAUUUCAUUUUAGAUCGUUCACUUUCCUUAAAUCUUCUUCGUCGGCAAAUCUAAGAAUCGACGUAGACAUGGCUGGUAAAGGAGAAGGCCCAGCGAUUGGUAUUGACUUGGGUACGACUUACUCCUGCGUUGGCGUGUGGCAACACGACCGUGUUGAAAUUAUCGCUAAUGAUCAGGGAAACCGAACGACGCCGUCUUAUGUUGCCUUCACCGAUACUGAACGUCUUAUCGGUGAUGCAGCUAAGAAUCAAGUUGCGAUGAACCCAAUUAAUACCGUCUUUGAUGCAAAGAGGUUGAUUGGUCGUCGGAUCAGUGAUGCAUCUGUUCAGAGUGAUAUGAAGAUGUGGCCAUUCAAGGUUAUUGCUGGUCCUGGUGAUAAGCCUAUGAUUGUGGUCAAUUAUAAGGGUGAAGAGAAACAAUUUGCUGCAGAAGAAAUCUCUUCCAUGGUUUUGAUUAAGAUGCGUGAGAUUGCUGAGGCAUACCUUGGUUCUACUGUUAAGAAUGCUGUGGUCACUGUCCCUGCUUACUUCAAUGAUUCUCAGCGUCAGGCCACCAAGGAUGCUGGUGUCAUUGCUGGUCUGAAUGUCAUGCGUAUUAUUAAUGAGCCCACAGCUGCAGCCAUUGCCUAUGGUCUUGACAAGAAGGCUACAAGUGUCGGCGAGAAGAAUGUCCUAAUCUUUGAUCUUGGUGGUGGUACCUUUGAUGUCUCUCUUCUGACCAUUGAGGAGGGUAUCUUUGAGGUGAAGGCCACUGCUGGUGAUACUCAUCUUGGUGGUGAAGAUUUUGACAACAGAAUGGUGAAUCACUUUGUUCAAGAGUUUAAGAGAAAGCACAAGAAAGACAUUAGCGGCAACCCCAGAGCCCUUAGGAGGUUGAGAACUUCAUGUGAGAGAGCUAAGAGGACUCUUUCAUCCACCGCACAGACCACCAUUGAAAUAGACUCUCUUUAUGAAGGUAUUGAUUUCUACUCCACCAUCACCCGUGCUAGAUUUGAGGAACUCAAUAUGGAUCUGUUUAGAAAGUGUAUGGAGCCAGUUGAGAAGUGUUUGAGGGAUGCCAAGAUGGACAAAAGCUCAGUCCAUGAUGUUGUCCUUGUUGGUGGUUCUACCAGAAUUCCAAAAGUCCAACAGCUUUUGCAAGACUUCUUCAAUGGAAAGGAGCUUUGCAAGAGCAUUAAUCCUGAUGAGGCUGUUGCAUACGGUGCUGCUGUACAAGCUGCUAUAUUGAGUGGUGAGGGUAAUGAGAAGGUGCAGGAUCUUUUGCUUUUGGAUGUCACUCCCCUCUCCCUUGGUUUAGAAACUGCAGGUGGUGUGAUGACUGUUUUAAUUCCAAGGAACACCACCAUCCCCACCAAGAAGGAGCAAGUCUUCUCGACUUACUCCGAUAACCAGCCUGGUGUGUUGAUCCAAGUUUAUGAAGGUGAGAGAACAAGGACCAGGGAUAACAACUUGCUUGGUAAAUUUGAGCUUUCUGGUAUCCCACCAGCACCUAGGGGUGUUCCCCAGAUUACAGUAUGCUUUGAUAUUGAUGCCAAUGGUAUCUUGAAUGUAUCGGCUGAGGAUAAGACCACUGGUCAAAAGAACAAGAUCACCAUUACCAACGACAAGGGAAGACUCUCGAAAGAGGAGAUUGAAAAGAUGGUUCAAGAGGCCGAGAAGUACAAGUCUGAAGAUGAGGAGCACAAGAAGAAGGUGGAAGCGAAGAAUGCAUUGGAGAACUACUCAUACAAUAUGAGGAACACGGUGAAGGAUGAGAAGAUUGGAGCUAAGCUUCCACCAGCUGAUAAGAAGAAGAUUGAAGAUGCAAUUGAUCAAGCCAUCCAAUGGCUGGAUUCUAACCAGCUUGCUGAGGCAGAUGAAUUUGAAGACAAGAUGAAGGAAUUGGAGAGCAUCUGCAACCCCAUCAUUGCAAAGAUGUACCAGGGUGCUGGAGGUGACAUGGGCGGAGGCAUGGAUGAGGAUGUUCCUGCUGGUGGAAGCGGUGCUGGCCCCAAGAUUGAGGAAGUGGACUAAGUAUUUUCAAUUUGUUUUUGUUUGUUGGGUUUCAGUAAUUUAGGUGUUGAACUGAUAGUUCCAUGUUCAAGUCGGUUUUGAAUGUUCAAAACCCAUUUUAUGUUUCUUCCGGAUUUUCAAUGUUUUUUGUUGCACCGUUGCCUUUUUUUGAAUCUUGAAAUAUGCAGACCGUGUUUGGUAACAA